GCGCCAUAAAUCAUCCCAUUCCCCAAGAGCCCUUUUGCAAAGAUGGAAUUGGAUGGUAACCGGCGGCAAGGAGAAGAUUAAAAUCAGUUUAUAAAACCGGACAAUUGGAGGAAACGGAUAAUACGCAAGAGGUUGGGAAGAAAAUCGGAAAGAGAAGGGCGGUUCUAAAUGGGAGACAAAUAUCGUCAUCUUAAGAGGUAAAAAAGCCGUCACCGUCUGCCGCCGCUGCUUGUUCUCAACCAGGAGGAAGCCGGUGCGGAGGGCUUCACGGACCGGAAAAGAAUCGAGAUUUGCUGCCUUAAAUCCGCCAUCGAUGCUUUAAACUUUGAGGGGUCUUGCCUCCUGACAGUUUUCUCAUCGCCAGGGGGCUUCGACAGAGUAGAUGGCGAUGAACAGAAAAUCGGAGAAAUUUUAUGCUGAUUUUGUUAUGGGAGGGACGGCAGCGGUGGUUUCCAAGUCUGCUGCGGCACCAAUCGAGCGUGUGAAGCUUUUGUUGCAGAAUCAAGGUGAAUUGAUUAAGAGAGGGCAGUUGAGAAGACCCUAUGUGGGCAUUGGGGAUUGCUUCAGCCGGGUUUUGAAAGAAGAAGGCUUUUUGUCAUUUUGGAGAGGUAACCAGGCCAAUGUCAUUCGCUAUUUCCCAACUCAGGUAAUGCCGGGUUGUCCUCAGGCUUUCAACUUUGCAUUUAAAGGUUACUUCAAAAGCUUAUUGGGACGGUCGAAGGAGAAAGAUGGAUACACAAAGUGGUUUAUCGGGAAUGUCGCUUCAGGUAGUGCUGCUGGAGCCACUACAUCGUUGCUUCUCUACCACUUGGAUUAUGCACGUACCCGUCUGGGGACUGAUUCAAGGGGAUCCCGUCAGCGCCAGUUCAAAGGAUUACUUGAUGUGUACAGCAAAACUUGGUCAAGUGACGGCAUUGUAGGGUUGUAUAGAGGAUUUGGGGUUUCAAUCAUUGGGAUAACACUGUAUAGAGGCAUGUACUUCGGGAUCUACGAUACCUUGAAGCCAAUUGUAUUGGUGGGAUCCCUGGAGGGAAGCUUUUUAGCCAGUUUCCUGUUAGGGUGGAGCAUCACUACCGUCUCAGGGGUCUGUGCAUACCCUUUUGACACCGUAAGGCGAAGAAUGAUGCUAACUUCUGGACAACCAAAUAAGUACCGCAAUGCUGUACACGCACUCCGUGAGAUCGUCCAUGUUGAAGGCUUUGCUGCUCUGUUUCGAGGAGUAACUGCAAAUAUGCUUCUUGGUGUUGCUGGUGCUGGAGUUCUUGCAGGUUACGAUCAGCUGCAGAGAGUUGCGCAUAAACGUGGCCAUAUGUUGGACCACCAAGGCCAAACUGUGCUUAAAUGAAAAUCAGGUGCGCGCAGACAGCUUCCACUUCCAGAUUUGUGUACAUCCAGAAACUGGAUCUCUUUUUAGGACGAAACCAAGAUGCUUUGAGGCCGUGUUCAGAGCAACGAAAUAAGAUUAAUAUCAUUGGCCGCGUUUCUUUUAUUGGGUUGCUAGCAUCUUUGUUAAGUAGAUAAAGAUAGCCAAUUAGGCAUCAGUCAUGAUCAUUGCUUUAAGAAGAUCAGUCAGUCCAGCGAUGGAGGAAGAAUUGGAAGAUGCAAAUGGCUAGAGAGGGACGGAUGGUUAAAAGUGAGCCGAGGUUUGUAACCAUGCCACUUGGGUGCCAAAUAUGGUGACAAUUUAGUGUUAUGGCUAUAGCCUAUAGGUAGCCCAAGAGGAGGAUCUAGGAGUAUCAACGUUGAACGUUGGUUCAGUUUGGAAAUUUUAGGUUUUAAUCAAAUGUAUAAAAAACAAGGUUGUUAACCCGAGAUGAACCUGACUCAUUGAGAAAAA